AUGUCUGAUAGAGAAUGGGAAAGAGUACAGGAGAUGGCCUUCACAUCAUGGGUCAAUUCAGUAUUGGAUAAACGUGGAAAUGUUCAAAAGAUUAAGGAUGUAUCAGUUGACCUGAGUAAUGGAGUGAGGUUAAUCUAUUUCCUUGAGAGUGUCUCUGGAAAGAGAUUCCCAAAGAAGUUUGACCUCGACCCCAAGACUAGAAUCCUCUGUGUCCAAAACCUCCAUCUUGCCAUGCUCUUUGUCGAUCAUGACCUUGGUGUCAAGAUACAUGGUGUCGCUGCCGAGGAGUUUGUUGACAAUAACAAGAAGAUGAUUCUUGGAUUCCUCUGGACAUUGUACAGGAAGUACCGUAUCCAGGUGAUUAGUGAGGGUGACAAGAGUUCCGAGGAAGGUUUGUUGGCUUGGGUGAAGAAGACAACGGAUGGAUACGCCGGUGUCAACAUCACAAACUUCAAAGCAAGCUUCAAAGAUGGUUGCGCAUACCUUGCCCUCACGCACAAGUACGAUCCAUCGCUGUUCCAAUACCAGGACUACCAGGGCAAGGACCAGAUCGAGCGUUUGAACGCCGCCUUUGACUUUGCCGAGAAACACUUGGGCAUCCCCCGUCUUCUCGAAGCCGAAGCCCUGUCCAAGGGCCAGUGUGACGAGCGCUCCAUCGUCCUGUACACCUCGCUCUUCUUCCACGCGUUCCGCGCCAAGGAGGAGCGCGACGCCGCCGCCGCCAACCAGAACGCCCUCGCCAACAAGCUCGCCGCACUCGAGAAGUCACUGGCUGGCGAGAAGAUGUCCCACGAGGAGCUCAUGCGACAGAAGAAGGAGCUUGAGGACGCGCUCAAUCAGAUCCGCAGGAAGAAUGAUGAGCGCAACCAACGCAUCGCCGACGUGCAGUCCAAGAUCGACGACACACUGCGCUGCAUCGACGAUGAGCGCAUGGCCAAGAUCGACCUGGAGGCGCGCAUCAGUCGCACGGAGAAGGAGAAGGCCAUCCUUGAGCUCAAGCUGGCCGAGACGCUGGACGAGAACGAGCAUCUGCGCAACAAGUUGGCCGAGGACAAGAAGCGUGCCGAGGCCGAGCAGGCGGGUCUGGCACUGCUGCGCUCACACAUUGGAUUCGAGAUCACAGAUAUUGCCAAGUGGCAAUCGUUCAUGGACGAGCCCGAUGUCGUGCCCUACACCAAGGCGGCUGUCAACCUCAAUCCUGAGCUGCAGUCCCUAUCCUACGUGGAGCAGGCCAAGCGACUUGGAUCGCGUGUGGACUCUGAGAACAAAGGUCUCGAGCAAUAUCUCAAGAAGAAGGAGGAUGAUCUCAAGAAUGCCAAUGCUCCAAAGAAGCGUGUCAAGUGA